UGGGCUGGGGCUGCAUAGCUGGCCCUCGGGGCACAAAGGCACAGCAGCCAGGAACACCACUCUCUGACCAGGAAUACCACCAGUUCUUCAAGUUCCUGCGGAUGACCAUCCAAGCCAGCACUGCCUGCCACCUUCGUGAGCUGUACGGCUGCAAGAACUCACUGGUCCGGAGAUUGGAUGAGUAUGAAAACCACGGAGUCAUCCCUCCAGGGCCCAUAUGCUCUGAACUGCCAGGAAAUCUUUUAUUCCACAACUUCUGCACCUUUUCUCUUUAUCGCUGUAUUAUGAAAAAGUAUUUCCUUAAGAGGACUGCGUGCCCAGGACACAGCAGAGCCAACCAGCACAGCAAAGCAGGCACCAACAUCAUCACGAGCAGUGAUGCCAUGUCAUCCAGCAGCUUCAGUUCCCAGCCAGUCCCCACCACAUCUCCCACGCCUGGCUCCAGACCUGGCACAGAGGCAGCUCUGAUCCCCACCUCCUUCCCUGUGAGCACACAACCAAAUCCUUCUGGCCCACAAGGCACAGAGGCGACAGCCAGUGGCCAGCAGCAAGGACAGCUGCCCAACAGUGACAUCGAGGAUCUCCUCCUGAGGAUAAUGGACAGCCAGGUGCAGACUUCACUGCAGACAAUGAAGUUGUUGAUGUCUGUUGGGAAGACAGUGAAGGAGGAAGAGCUGCGGAAGGCUGCCACAACCCUGCUGAUGGCCCUGAACAAUGCAAAUGUGACUUGGUCACCAAACAACUGAUACGGCUCAACAGUGCAGUAAAUACAGAGGGAAAGCCAUCUCUUCCAAGUGCAUGGGGAAACAGAGACAUGGAAAAUGCUACUGCUCGGGAUUCAGAGAAAAAGAUGGUAUCCUCUUGGAAGUAAAUGUAUUGAAAAGAUACCAUUCUCCCCUGUAAAAACUCUUUGCUCACCAUUAA